AGGCUACCUGCCGCCUCUACGCUCUAACCACUAGGCUACCUGCCGCCUCUACAGUCUAACCACUAGGCUACCUGCCGCCUCUACGCUCUAACCACUAGGCUACCUGCCGCCUCUACGCUCUAACCACUAGGCUACCUGCCGCCUCUACGCUCUAACCACUAGGCUACCUGCCGCCUCUACGCUCUAACCACUAGGCUACCUGCCGCCUCUACGCUCUAACCACUAGGCUAUUUGCCGCCUCUACGCUCUAACCACUAGGCGACCUGCCGCCUCUACGCUCUAACCACUAGGCUACCUGCCGCCUCUACGCUCUAACCACUAGGCUACCUGCCGCCUCUACGCUCUAACCACUAGGCUAUUUGCCGCCUCCACGAUCUAACCACUAGGCUACCUGCCGCCUCUACGCUCUAACCACUAGGCUACCUGCCGCCCCAUUUACUUUAUAAAUGGCCCUGGAUACCAGAACCAAAACCAGCCCAGGGUACCAGAAUCGACAGCUUCUCCAUUAUAAUUGAGGGUGAAAUAUUUUGGACUGAAACAUUCCUUUCGUGGGGAUGUUGAGGUAUUGGACACCGCGUACACAGAUGAGAGGAAUAGAGAGACUCAUCUUCCUGUUUUGGCUGCUGCAAGGUGUCCUCUUCAUUGAUGGGGUGGAAGAGGUAGACAAUGAGAUAGACCAUAGUGCAGACUCGGAUGGUGUCCUCUUCAUUGAUGGGUUGGAAGAGGCAGACAAUGAGAUAGACCAAAGUGCAGACUCGGAUGGUGUCCUCUUCAUUGAUGGGGUGGAAGUGGCAGACAAUGAGAUAGACCAAAGUGCAGACUCGGAUGGUAUCCUCUUCAUUGAUGGGGUGGAUGAGAUAGACCAAAGUGCAGACUCGGAUGGUGUCCUCUUCAUUGAUGGGUUGGAAGAGGCAGACAAUGAGAUAGACCAAAGUGCAGACUCGGAUGGUGACCUGUCUGUGUUGCUCGGGGUUGGUGCUGCUGGAAUGGGUCUCCUAGCGGUCCUAGCGCUAAGCUACAGGAGAAUGCAGCAUGUCAAGUGGCCAUGGAAUUUAAAUCCGGAGGACACACCAGAAGUCAUAGUAACAUACUGGAACAAUUGUGUGGCCAACGAGGCAACAACAGAAGAAACCACAGCAGAACAUGGAGGGAAGGUGGAACCAAUCACUGUAGAACCCUAGAGGAACAGAAAUACAGAACACAGGAUGGGCUGGAGAUGUCUAUUUUCAAUUGUCUUUUUGUUUUAAACCAGGGUUAUCUUCAUGUCAUAAAUAAUACGUCAUGUCAUAAUCUUCAUAAAAAUGUCACAUGACUUAGGCACUAGCUAUGUCACUCCCUGCUACCAACACACAACCCCUAGCACAAUGUCCUAGUGGACCAAACUGAUUAGAACCUAGUAGUCAAUUGAAUUUUCAAAGCCAAGUGGUUUGAUUUUAUUUCUGUGAAUGUGAAAAAUUGAAAAAAAAAAUGCUGCUCAGCUCAGGAUGGGUUUGUCCAACUACAGGACAAACAAAAUAAUUACAUUGGCUUUCUCAUUGAGAAAUGAACACCUAAACAAACAUGUAGCGGGCAAGUAAAAAAUAAGCAAGGGGCCUGCAGAUAGGACCCCAACACCCAUGGUGGUGAUGAGUACAUCCUCGAAUUGAAGGCCCAAUCCUACAUUUCCAUGCAUGGCAUUUAAUUCAAAACUUCACACAUAUUCCUUAAACACACUGCAACACUGCAUAAUAAGAUACACUGUACAUAUAAGCUAUAUUUAGUUAUAAAAUGUUAACAUCAUUGGAUUGUUUAGAUAAUUAUUAUUAUUAUUAUUAUUAAUAAAGAACAAAAAUGGCAUCUAUAAAAUAUGUAAACUUUUUGUGAAUUACAGGUUUGUUUAAAUACUAAUAUAAACAUAUUAUUAUUAUUAUCAUUAUUAUUAGUAAUAUUAUGUAUUAUUUUGUAUUAUUAUCAUUACUAUUGUUAUUAUUAUCAUUAUUAUUAUUAUUAUUAAGAUCUGUCUGGCCUACCUUAUAUCCAUCUCUGGCAACUGAUUCUAAUUUGUAUCUAUUAAAUAUAUUCCUAUUGAAUGCUCUCUAAGAAAUGUACCAUUGCUCAUCAGAUCUUAAUUUGUAAAAUAAAAAAAUAUCUGCAA